AUGGCUCACUCAAACGGGCCUCGAAACGGUAAACAUGCAAAGCCAUCGAAUCGGGCCGGAAAUUUGAAACGCAAGCGGGUUCAAGAGGAUCUUUCUUCGCUCGUGAAACGAGUCGAAGAUAUUGAUCUGAAGGGAAAAUUCGAAUCCUUCUCCGAUUUACCUCUAUCGGAACCGACAAUCUCUGGCCUUACCUCGUCUCAUUUCAAGACACUAACGGAUAUUCAAUCUCGUGCGAUCAGUCAUGCGCUCAAGGGCCGAGAUGUUCUGGGCGCCGCAAAGACGGGAAGCGGGAAAACCCUGGCAUUCUUGGUACCUGUUCUCGAAAACCUAUACCGGAAACAAUGGACCGAGCACGAUGGACUAGGCGCGAUGGUUAUAUCUCCUACGCGCGAACUGGCGAUUCAGAUAUUCGAGGUUCUCCGAAAGAUCGGCCGUUAUCAUACCUUUUCUGCGGGGCUGGUUAUUGGAGGGAAGAGUUUACGCGAGGAGCAGGAAAGAUUAGGGCGGAUGAAUAUUCUCGUUUGUACACCUGGUCGAAUGCUGCAGCAUUUAGACCAAACGGCUUUCUUCGAGACGCAUAACCUGCAGAUGGUGGUGCUGGAUGAGGCGGACCGGAUUAUGGAUAUGGGGUUUCAGAAAACUGUCGAUGCGAUUGUAGGACAUCUCCCGCCGCAGCGCCAGACUCUGCUUUUCAGUGCGACCCAAACAAAAAAGGUUUCUGAUCUGGCUCGCCUGAGCCUUCAGGACCCUGAGUAUGUGGCUGUCCACGAAGCUGCCUCUUCUGCGACACCGUCAAAACUUCAGCAGCACUACUUCGUUACACCGCUUGCUCAAAAACUCGACACACUCUGGAGUUUUAUCCGGAGUAACCUGAAAUCGAAAACGAUUGUGUUCCUAUCUUCAGGGAAGCAAGUCCGCUUUGUUUACGAAUCGUUCCGACACAUGCAACCCGGUAUUCCUCUACUACAUCUCCACGGCCGCCAGAAACAAGGUGGACGUCUCGACAUUACGACACGGUUCUCGCAGGCGCAGCACGCCGUCCUAUUUUCCACCGAUGUCUCCGCUCGUGGUUUGGAUUUCCCAGCUGUAGACUGGGUUAUUCAGCUGGAUUGCCCUGAAGACGCAGAUACAUAUAUCCACCGUGUUGGCCGGACCGCGCGAUACGAGCGCGAUGGUCGUGCGGUGUUAUUCUUGGAUCCUAGCGAGGAGAAGGGAAUGCUACGCCGCCUCGAGCAGAAGAAGGUUACGGUGGAGCGAAUAAACGUCAAAGCGAACAAGCAGCAGAGCAUAAAACACCAACUGCAGAAUAUGUGCUUCAAAGAUGCCGAGCUCAAGUAUCUCGGCCAGAAGGCAUUUAUCUCUUACGUCAAAUCUAUCUACGUACAGAAAGACAAGGAGAUUUUCAAUCUGAAGGAACUCAAACUUGAAGAUUUCGCUGGCAGUCUUGGUCUCCCUGGUGCGCCUCGAAUCAAGUUCAUCAAGGGAGAUGACACCAAGGAACGGAAGAACGCCGCUCGAGCUACCGCGUACCCGUCUAGCGAUGACGAAAACUCAGACGAGGAUGGCGAAAAGGAGAAAAAGCAGCCCAAGGAGAAGGAAGUCCGAACUAAGUACGACAGGAUGUUUGAGAGACGGAAUCAAGACGUGUUGGCCGAUCACUACUCGAAGCUUAUUAACGACGAUGGUACGAUAGCCGAUCCCAGCAAGGGCACGGAUGAUGCAGACGAAGAUGAGGACUUCCUCUCUGUCAAACGGCGGUUUGAUGCGGGAGACGAAGCACUUGACGGUGCAGCCAGCUCCGAGUCUGGUUCGGAUGAUGCCUCCGAAUCCGACGAGGACGAAGAAGAAGACAACGGCAACAAGAAAGACCCCAAGGUCGUCAAAAUUAGCGACAAAGAUACACUGGUUGUUGACUCUAAGCGCCGUGAAAAACUGCUCAAGUCCAAGAAGAAACUACUCAAAUUCAAGGGCAAGGGCACCAAACUUGUUUACGAUGACGAAGGAAACGCACAUGAGCUCUACGAAAUGGAAGACGAGGAUGCCUUCAAGGCUCGCGGUGAUGCCAAGGAACAGCAGACCUGGUUCUUGGCUGAGGAGGCACAGCGCACACAGGUCGCUGAUAUGGAGGAUAAGGCUGUUGCUAAGCAGAAGAAACGUGAGAAGAAAGAGAAGCGGAAGGCAAGGGAGCGGGAACUCCUGGCUGAAGAGGAGCGAGAGGAGGCCGUUGCUCAGCUGCCUCCCUAUGACCAGGACGAUGACAUGGCUGAUGGGUACUCUGAGUCCGGUGGAGAAGAAGAGGAGCCGCGCCCGAGCAAGAGGACAAAGGUCCAGGAACCAGAGCCAGUGCCCUGGUACAAGCAGGAAAAGAAGAAGAAGCCCUCCGGAGAGGGACAGAUCCAGACCUUGGAGGAUUUGGAGUCGUUGGCUACGGGCUUGUUGGGUUGA